UUCAGUCUCUCAACAGCAAGAAGUGUGGCCUCUCAGAUCAUCUGUGGCCCUUUCCCGUUCGGAACCAUCGAACGCAUGCAGGAUGCACCGUUUGGGUGCCCAGUUUCUUCUGAAUAUCAUCAUCUUUCGUCUAGCGAAUGGCAAACCCUUCGUAGAUCAGGGCAGGUUACUAACAAGGGGAAACUCUCACGAAGCUUCUCGUGAGCUCGGGAACGUGGAAGGAGAAGCUCAUUUCCGCUUCAGAGCUUUCCUGGAGAAUCUGAAAGCUGAUUUCCUGAGAAGCUUGAAUUUGUCAGAAGUCCCUUCGCAAGAGAAGACGAAAGAGGAGCCACCUCAGUUCAUGAUCGAUUUGUAUAACAGAUACACCAAGGACAAGUCUUCCAGCCCCAUAUCCAACAUUGUGCGCAGCUUCAGCCCGGAAGAUGUGACUUUACCGGAAAUGAAUUCACUUCAGAAAUACAUCCUGCCAUUCAACGUCUCCAUCCCACAGCAUGAAGAAGUCUCCAGAGCUGAGCUAAGAAUCCACAUUGCCUGUCAGGAGAAAACAGUGUGUUUGUCUCAUGUCCAAGGAAGACUGUCCGUUCAUGAUACUCUUGGAGGAGAUGAUUGGGAGCAGCCAAAAGGAACCAACUACUUCCCGGUCUCCAAAGAUAUCCACGAAUGUGGCUGGGUGAUGUUUGACGUGUCUGGCACUGUGAAAAGAUGGGUCCGGAUAGACAAAACGAAAGCCAGCAAUCAGCUGGUCAUUUCUGUGGAGAGUCACGUUCCAUAUGAUCCCUCCUGUGAGAAGUUACGCCUCAGUGUAACGCCUGACUCCACCCAUUUGCCUUUGCUUAUAGUGUUCUCCAAUGAUAACAAUAACCGAAUCAAGGAGAACCACGAGGAACUCCAGGAAAUGAUGGCGCACGAACAGGAGAGCAUUCUCCAAAAUGUUGUGAAGAACCACACGGUUCACAAACAUAAUGCAGUGUCUGGAAAUGGAAUCCGUCGCCCGUCAACCAGAAGCAAACGUAGCGUUGAACUCGACCACUGUCGGAGAACCUCUCUCCGGGUGAAUUUCAAAGAAAUUGGAUGGAAUUGGAUCAUUGCCCCCCAAGAUUACGAGGCGUUUGAAUGCAAAGGGGGCUGCUUCUUCCCUCUGACCGAUAACGUCACGCCAACCAAGCAUGCCAUCGUCCAGACACUGGUGCACUACAAGAACCCCAAGAAAGCUUCCAAAGCCUGUUGUGUCCCAACCAAACUGGAUGCAAUUUCCAUGCUUUAUAACGAUGAUGCUGGGACACCCACUCUGAAGUACCAAUAUGAGGGAAUGAAAGUAGCAGAAUGUGGAUGCAGGUAGUAACUGUGGGGUGGGGCCUCUCUGAGAAGGGAGGGGAAGGGUCUUUCAGCUUCACUGUAAAUCUGUACAUUGAUGAAGUCAAUGCAAAGACAUGCAUGCAGACCUUUCCGUAUGGACAUUUCGUAGCAUGGCACUAGUUUGUAAAUAUGUAUUGUCGAAGGCUUUCACGGCCGGAGAACGAUGGUUGUUGUGGAUUUUCCAGGCUGUAUCGCCGUGGUAUUGGCAUUGUAGUUCCUGACGUUUCGCCAGCAGCUGUGGCUGGCAUCUUCAGAGGUGUAGCACCAAAAGACAGAGAUCUCUCAGUGUCAAGAUGUUGGCAGGUGAUUUAUGUCUACUCAGGGAAGGUGGGGUUGGGCUGAGUCAUCCUGUAAGAGUUUCCCAGGGUGUGGGAUGCUAAUGGAGGGAGGCUUCACUGUAUCCUGAGGAGGUUCUUUUGCAUAUGGAUUGGUGCUUGAUAUGCUAAUCUUCUCUGCAGGGCUAUUGUAGGUUAUGGAGUCUAUACAGCUGCUGGCGAAACAUUAGGAACUACAAUUCCAAGACCAUGGCGAUACAGCCCGGAAAAUCGACAACAACCAUAGUUUGUAAAUAGUUGGCAGAUAUCAGAGUAUAAGAAGAGCUGGAUUCGAAGCUCAGUUCCCAGUUCAGGCUUAAUUUUAGAAAUCACUAUGCUUGUUCCAAACUCAAAGCAACAACAGCUUACUCCAGGGAGAUUCUACUGAACAGCUCCCCUCUGUAGGGCCGUCGUGAACCUGGUCUCUUUGUACAGCAAGAAUUCCUUACAGAGUGUGGCAUAAUUGGACUCUUUGAUUGUAUGAGCUAUGCUCAAGAUAUUGGUUAUGUGAGCUAACUGGUUAUAUGCUGUUAACAGAGAUAUUAAAAUUCUGGGGGACACAAAGUUCUGGUUUCCUUAUUUUUCUCUGAAGCCCAAUAGGGGAAAAAAUGGAAAUGUGAGGAAACAUGUGUAUUUGUGUCUGUGUUAUGAAAUAUUGGCUGUUUUCACACAUCUCAACCGUCGCUCAAAAUCAUGCAAAACUCACGGAACGACGGCAUCUUCAUGGCACGAUUUCCCGUCAUGACUCAGUUCGUGGCACAAUGACGUCAGAAAUCGCGCAAUGUAACGGAAUCAUGACGGGAAAUCGCACCAUGAAGAUGCUGUCGUUCCGUGCGUUUUGUGCGAUUUUGCGUGACGGUUAAGAGUAGAUGCGAAAACGGCCAUUGUCUCUUCCACAGUGAUUAGUGAAAUAUAUUAAUUACGUUGCAAGUCCUUUCCCCUGGAAACAUAACCUUUACAUAUUCUUUUUACGAACCAGUAAUAAAAUCUUCCUUUCUGUUUA